AUGGGGAAAUCUGGGAGCAGGCGGAAGAAGAACACUGCCGGCCCCGGCAACAGCGCCACCGCCGACGCCCACACGCAAGCCCAAGCCCCCGCCGCCGCAGUUAAGUCACCCCCAUCCUCCGCCGCCGCCCCUUCCCCGAACGGCCUGGAUUUGGAUUCCUCCGUCUUCCUGAAACGUGCCCACGAGCUCAAAGAGGAGGGCAACCGCCGCUUCCAGGCGAGGGACUACACGGCGGCGCUGGAACAGUACGACCUCGCCCUGAAGCUCCUCCCUCGCUCCCACCCCGACCGCGCGGUCUUCUACAGCAAUCGCGCCGCGUGCCUCAUGCAGAUGUCCCCCGUCGACCACUCCGCCGUCGCCGCCGAGUGCACCCUCGCUCUCCUCGCCCAGCCCCGCUACCCGCGUGCGCUGCUCCGCCGUGCCAGAGCUCUAGAGGCUCUUGGCCGCUACGACGCCGCCCUGCAGGAUGUGCAGGCCCUUCUCGCCGCCGACCCAUCUCACCGCGACGCCUUGGAACUCGCCCGCCGCCUGCGCACCGCCGCCGCCGCUGCCACCGCCACCGCCCAUCAGCAGCAGCACGAGGCGGCGCAGCAGGACCUGCACAGCCGCCCAUCCCCCGCCGCGCUCGGCGCUUCGGCCGUGCGUGGCGCGCCAAUUGGCGGGCUCGGGCCGUGCCUGCCGGCACGCCCCGUGCCGAAGAAGACGUCGCCGCCGCCUCCCCAGCCGCCGGCUGCUGGUAAACCCGAGAAGCAGAAUCAGCGGGGUGUUUCCAAUGGCCCUGAGCAGAAGACGUUGACUUUGAGAACUGGGUCUGAACCGAAUGGUGUCAGCUCCGCAGCGCCACCACCGUCCUCUAGGAAGCCUUCUUCGGGUUCUAAGAGGUCUGUGGAACGGUGGAGGCCUCUGAAGUUCGUCUACGAUCAUGACAUUAGGCUUGCCCAGAUGCCAGAGGACUGCAGUUUCAGGGUCUUGAGGGAGAUUGUCUCGAAAAGGUUCCCCUCGUCCAAGUCGGUGCUCAUCAAGUACAGGGAUGCCGAAGGCGACCUUGUGACCGUGACCAGCACUGGCGAACUCAGGCUAGCGAAGUCGUGCCUCGAUCAGGUUGCUUCAAAAGAGGGUCAUACAGCUCCUGAAACGGGGAAGGAGGAGGCUCUGCCGAUGCUAAGGCUACACAUUGUUGAGGUGAGCCCUGAGCAGGAGCCACCUCUUAUUGAAGAAGAAGAAGAAGAAGAAGAAGAAGAAGCGGAAGAGGAAGAGGAAGAGGAAGAAGAGGAGGAGGAGGAGAAGCCCGUGGAAGCACACAGCGGGGAGGCGACCCAGGAGCCGGAGAGCCAAUCGCAAACUCCGGUGGGUGAUUCAGCUGUGGAGAAUGGGAAUGAAGAUGCACAAAUCUUAGAAAAUGGCGACCCAAAGGAAGAAGUAUCGAAAGAGAAGGCUGGAAAGAAAGAAGGGCAUGACGCAGAUUGCAAGGAGGUAGAGAUUGACGACUGGCUGUUUGAGUUUGCUCAGCUUUUCCGCACUCAAGUUGGCAUCGACCCUGACGCCCAUCUGGACUUGCAUGAGCUUGGGAUGGAGCUGUGCUCUGAGGCCCUCGAGGAGACGGUGACCAGUGAAGAGGCCCAGGAGCUCUUCGAAAUUGCUGCUUCCAAGUUCCAGGAGGUGGCUGCUCUGGCGUUCUUCAAUUGGGGGAACGUCCACAUGUGUGCGGCGAGAAAGCGCAUUCCUUUGGACAACACUGCCGCCAAAGAUCUCGUCACCGCCCAGCUGCAGUCUGCUUAUGAUUGGGUGCAGGGCCGGUACGUUCUCGCUGGUGAGAAGUAUGAAGAGGCCCUUCGAAUUAAGCCAGACUUUUACGAGGGUCUGCUCGCAUUGGGGCAGCAGCAUUUCGAGACUGCGAAGCUGCAGUGGUCAUUUGCUCUUGCUAACAAAGUCGAACUCGCCUCCUGGGACUCCUCCAAGACAAUCGAGCUCUUUGAUACUGCUGAAGAGAAGAUGAAGGCAGCUAGCGCGAUGUGGGAGAAGCUGGAAGAGCAGAGAGCUACCGAGCUGAAGGAUCCCGUCGCAAGCAAAAGAGAGGAGAUCUUGAAGAGAAGGAAGAAGACCGGGGCCGCCGGGACUGAUGCGUUGAGCGGUGAGCCAGAGCUAACCGUGGAGGAGUCGGCAGAGCAGGCCACCGUCAUGAGGUCUCAGAUACACCUCUUCUGGGGAAACAUGCUUUUCGAGCGUUCGCAGGUGGAGUUCAAGCUCGAAGUGGGUGACUGGAAGAAGAAUCUUGAUGCGGCAGUGGAGAGGUUCAAGCUCGCGGGUGCAUCUGAAGAAGAUAUUUCUGUCGUUCUGAAGAACCAUUCAUCCAAUGUUAUUGGAGCAGAGGAUGAGAAGAAGGUGACCACUUACUCGAGCACCAGCGGGUCUGAGACUGGUGCGAAAGACGAAGACAAGCAUGUUCUUGAGAGCUGA